AUGAAGUCCUACACUGCCGCUGUUGGCCUUGCUGCCUUCGCCAGCCAGGUCGCCGCCCACGGUUACCUCACCAGCCCCAAGCCUCGUAUGCCCGGUGAUGCGCUCACCAAGGCCUGCGGAAGCCAAAUCAACAGCAUGUGGAGCUCCGACAUCAACGGCAACGUUCAGACUGCUCUCCAGAUUGCCUCCAGCCAGUCCGAUUACGACGCUGCUGCUUGCAACAUCUGGCAGUGCAAGGGUAUGAAGUACGAGGACAACACCGCCAACGUCCAGUCCUACACUGCUGGCGAGAAGGUCCCCAUCACCUUCAACAUUGCCGCCCCUCACACUGGUACUGCCAACAUGUCGGUCGUCGACACCAAGACCAACACCAUCAUCGGCUCGCCGCUCAUCACCUUCGAUGACUACGCGUCCACCGCUACCGGUGUCACUGAUGCUGAGAAGAACUUCGACAUCACCAUCCCCUCCGACCUUGGCAGCCAGUGCGCCACUGCCGGUGACUGUGUCCUCCAAUUCUGGUGGGACGCCCGCUCCGUCGACCAGACCUACGAGUCUUGCAUCGACUUCACUGUCGGUGGCUCCGGCUCCGGCUCUGGCAACGACUCUUCCAGCGCCCCGGCUAGCUCUGCCCCGGCUGCUUCCGCUACCGCCCCUGCCAGCUCUGCUGCCCCGGCUUCCUCCACCCCGGCUGCUACCUCCGCUGCCGCCAGCGCCACUGCUACCGUCGCCGACGUUGCCCCCAGCGCUACCUCCGCCGCCGCUUCUGCCCCGGCUGCUUCUGCCACCGGCUCCGCUUCGGGUUCCACUCUUCCUGAGGAGUUCACCGUCCAGGAGUUCAUCUCGUGGUUGAAGACCGAGACUGGCACUGCCUCCAAGAAGGCUCGCCGUCACGCUCGUGCUUUCUUCUAA